AUGUAUAUUCCUAUUAAAUGGAUAAUUUUAUCAUCAUCAUAUAUAAUAGCAUUAUUUAUAUUUCAAAAAGGAUUUUUAUUAAAAAAACCUUCAUUAGAUUAUUAUUCAAAGUGUGAAGAUUUUCGAGGUCGGGCACAUUUAUGUUGGAAUAAACCUUCAUUUAAGAAAGCUAUAUGGAUAAUUAUUGAUGCAUUAAGAUAUGAUUUUUUGGAUUCUGGUGGAAAUUUAGGUGAUGAGUAUAAAGGAAGAAUAAAAAUUGCUAAAGAAUUAAUAAAUGAUCAACCAAAUAAUACAAUAUUAUCUUUAUUUAUUGCUGAUCCUCCCACAACAACAUUUCAACGUAUUAAAGCUUUAACAACUGGUUCUUUGCCUACAUUUAUUGAUAUGAAAGAUAAUUUUGAUGCUGGAGAAAUUGAUGAAGAUAAUAUCAUUAAUCAAUUAAUAUUAAAUCGAUACAAUAUAACAUUUAUGGGAGAUGAUACUUGGACAUCACUUUUUAAAAAUAAAUUUAAUAAACAAUUUCCUGCACCGUCAUUUGAUGUAUUUGAUUUGAAUACUGUUGAUAAUAUUGUAUUAGAUCAUUUAUACAAUGAAAUGGCAAAUGAUGAUUGGAAUGUUAUUAUUGGACAUUUUUUGGGUGUAGAUCAUUGUGGUCAUAGAUAUGGACCAAAUCAUUCUGCAAUGUUAGGAAAAUUAGAUCAAAUGGAUAAAAUGUUAAGAGAUGUUAUUAAACAAAUGGAUAAUGAGACAAUACUUUUUGUUAUGGGUGAUCAUGGAAUGUCGAAUGAUGGAAAUCAUGGUGGUGAUAGUACUUUAGAAGUUGAAGCUGGAUUUUUAGCUUAUUCAAAAGUUCCAAUAGUUCAUGGAAAAAGAAUUAAUAAGUUUCAUCAAAUUGAUUUUGUACCAACAUUUUCGUUUUUAUUAGGAAUACCUUUACCUUUUACAAAUAUUGGUGUAGUUGUUGAAACAUUUUUUCCAUUUUAUGAAUUACUUAAAUUGUUAGAAAUUAAUAUUGCUCAAGUUAUUAGAUUAAUAACAGCGUAUAGUCGUGAAGAUUCUGGAAUGACAACAAAUUUUCAAACCAUACUUCAACAAUAUAACUUUGGAACAAUUACGAAGUUUGUUGGAGAUAACUCUGCAUUAUCAAUUGUUUGUAUUACAGUUUUGUUAGUGUAUUUUUAUAUUUUUUCUAUUAAUGAUUCUCAGGUAUUAUCACUUAACUACUACUUUAUUAUUUCAUAUGGUUUUUUCCUAUUAUUUAAUCAAACAACUAUUCCUACAAUUCCAUGGUUAGCAGCAUUUGUUGGGGUUCCUGUUUUUAUAACAGUUAUCUUUACCUAUAAUAUAUUAAUAAAAAAUACACAUUUUGUACCGGUUCCCUUAAAUCUUGCUCUUUUAUUUGGCAUAAAGAUGUUAAUAAUAUGUAUAAUGUGUAUUGUACACAGAAGACAUUUAAUGCUUUUUAAAGUAUUUGCUCCCAAAUUUAUUUUUGAAGCAGUUAAUUUUAUUACAUUUUUAAUUCUUUCUACGGUUUUAUCAAUAAUUUAUUAUGUAAAAACACGUUAA